CGAUUACCUCUUCCCCUUCACUUGUUUGCAUUUUUAGCUGUGGAGUGUCUUGGCUUCUGGGAGGAUGUCAGAAGGAUCGUCUCGGGAUCGGAGCUGAUAACGGGAUUCCCCUACACCUUCACGGUGCCAGGCCUGCCUCAGUACCUCCAGAGCCUCACCAAACUAGCCAUCGCCACCGUGUGGGCAGAGGCGGCCCAGGCCGGGGAGCAGGCAGGGGCCAUUCCCAUCUCCUUCUCUCAGCUGUUGGAGUCUUCUUUCCCUGAAGUGCGCCUGCUGACGUUAGACGCCCUGCUGGAAAGGUUCUCGACAGCAGCCUCUGGAUUGGGAGAGAAGGGGCUGCCACCCUUGCUGUGCAAUAUGGGAGGGACAUUCUUGAUGUUGGCUAUGAAGGAAAAUCACCCAGAAUGCUUCUGCAAGAUACUGAAAAUUCUCCAUUGCAUGGACCCCAGCGAGUGGCUUCCCCAGACGGAGCAGUGUAUCCACCUCACCGCAAAGGAAUUCCUGAUCUGGACAAUGGAUAUUGCUUCCAACGAAAGGUCUGAAGUUCAAAGUGUAGCUCUGAGACUUGCCUCCAGGGUGAUUGCCCACCACCUGCAGACGUGUGAGGAGGUACGGCUGACUGGGCCCGUGGCCUGGGGUCUGGGUCUUUGUGCUCCGAUUUACCAGGACGGCGUCAGUGAAAGGGAACUGUCUCAGCAGGCAGAAUCACUGGGGCCUAUUGUAGCCUCUAUAAAAUGUUACUCGUGUGGAUGUUUCACUUUGGGUAUAACUUCUGUAGAAUUUUCUGAGUACCACCAUUAGCAUUUCUUUUCUCUUGUUCUGGGCACCCUUGAUUUGAGUCCAUAAGGGUAACACAACCUCCUCUCCUCCCCCACACAUACACACACACCCAAACCCUUUGUUUUUUUUCUAUUUUUCUAGCUAGACUCUAGACUCUUUUUUUAAAGAGCAAGUG